UAGCACGUCUGUCCACACACGUCCACAUACAGAUAUGGAUCGGAGAAGAUACGCCUCCUUCUCCUUCCUUCCUUCCUUCCUUCCUUCCACUUGCAUUUUGCUCCUCCUUCUUCCUUCCUUCCACUUAUGUAUUGUCGAGCUGCAAGUCGAUCCUCCCCUGCAGGUGAAGCAAUAGCAUGGCUGAUGGGCCAAGACGUGUGCCAUUCCAUUCACUGGAAAUUAUGACAGAUAAUUUCUCUCCACACCUCGUAAUUGGCCACGGUUCGUAUGGAAAAGUUUACCUGGGGAAGACGGAAGAUGGUCAAAAAAUUGCUGUAAAGAUUCUUCAUGACAUGUCAGGACACGACGAUGUGCAAUUUGAAAAGGAGUUUUACAAUCUUGUAAAUCUGAAACACCAGAACAUCGUGCGGUUAGUUGGUUAUUGCCAUGAAACCCGACGAGAAUACUUGUCGUGCAAUGGAGCAAUGGUUUUUGCUGAUGCUAUAAAGAAAGCGCUUUGCUUUGAAUUUAUGGAAAAUGGAAGCCUUAAAGACUGUCUUUUCGACGAAUUUAAUGGACAUGGUUGGCGCAUGCGCUACGCUAUGAUCAAGGGUAUUUGCAAUGGUUUGAAGUACCUUCACGAGGAGGUGGAGCCUCCUAUUUUUCAUUUGGAUCUAAAACCAGCCAACAUAUUGCUGGAUCAGAACAUGAUCCCGAAAAUUGCUGAUUUCGGAUUGUCCAGAUUCUUCAAGGAAGAAAAAUCUCAUAGCACUAAUAGUCCUAUAGGAACACGUGGGUACUUACCACCGGAGUUUAUACAUCAUAGAAUAAUCUCAAAUAAACUGGAUAUAUUCAGCCUGGGUGUUGUGGUUAUAAAGAUAAUUGCAGGACCUGAAGGCUACUCCAGAAGUGCUGAAACGACCUCCGAUCAAUUCACUAAGACUGUGCAUGAUAAUUGGAGGGAUAGGCUACAAUCAACGGCGUCAGGGGAUUUGUUGGAGUCGUAUUCUGAACAAGUAAAGAUAUGUAUCAAAAUUGCUUUGAGCUGUUUGGAGGCCGAUCGGCGGAAAAGGCCAACUAUAGGGGAUAUCGUUAAUAUACUAACUGAGACAGAGACACUAGACAAGAUGAGCACGUGCAUGGUCGACGACACUAACUUGAUAGAUGUCCAUCCCCUCCAGCUCCACUUCUCUUUUCGACCGAACAAGUGUAUCUCCUGCCUAUUUCACGUAACUAACAACAUGAAUGAUCAGCAUGUGUUAGUGAGGUGUGUCCCAAAACACGAGGAGGCAACACCUCGCUACUACGCCUGUCGGAGCCGCAUCACCGGUGUUGUGCCACCAAGGUCCACGCACACCUUCGUUGUAACGAUGGUAGAACAAGAGCAGCCGCCGGCCAUCACAGACGUGCUUGACAUGGUCGUAGAGACAAUCCUAGGGGAAGUAAAGCUGCCUUCGUUGGGUGAUUUGUAUGACACGCAUUUUGAGAAUGCUAGGAAAGAAAACAGCUGUGGUUUUCGUGAGGUGACACUAAAGGCCGUCUGUGCAACAACGAGCAAGACGACGACAUCUGAGGUCUUGAUAGGUGGUGAUGGACUACGGUCAAUGGAUGUGCACCCCACAGAGCCUUGGAUUUUGGCAGGCUAUUUUAGACGACUUGUGAUUUGGAACUACAAGACCCAGACAAAAAUGAUGGAGCAUUCCCUCAUAAGCGUUAUCUCCCCUAUUGCGUUUGUUAGCACCGUUAAGUUUAUCAUCAAGUCAACGGAGCAAUUGUUCGUGGUGGGUGAUGGCGACGGGUACGUCCACGUGCAUGACUCUAUGACAAUGAAGAUACUCAAGAAAUUCAAAGCUCAUGGCCGUAGGGUCAGAUCAUUCGCCGUUCAUCCGACCCGACCAUUUGUGCUGUCGGCAUCUUGGGACAAACUGAUCAAGCUCUGGGACUAUGAGAACGGGUGGAGUUGCAUCCGGACAUUCACUGGGCACUCUGGCCCGGUGACGCGAGUCAAGUUUAAUCCGCAUGACGCCAACACUUUUGCCACUGCUUCCAGUGACCGCACAGUGAAGAUCUGGAGUAUCUCUUCUCCCAUCCAUGUCACCAGCCUCAACUGCGAAGAUGAACAGGCAUGUGUUGAUUACUAUCACACCACGGCCACGGUUACAGGAUCAUACAGUCACGGGACGGCACGGAUCUGGGAUUUGCGAACACAGACAUGUAUCCGUGAAAUCAAGGGGCUCCAGUCACCCUGCCAAGUUGGUGUGAUCGAUUGCCACCCAGAGUCAGAUCGUCCAACAUUGUUGAUUACCGCGUCAGAGGACAAUGGUGUUUCUCUCGUCGACUCCACAACCUACAGGUCUGAGAGAACAAUUCAUUUUGGUCUCGGAGGUGUUUUAUGUUUUGCAUACAUCAAGGGCGUAAGAAGCGUCGCCAUUGGACAUGAGCACGGGAUUGCAAUCUUGGAAAUCGAUAGAUUUUUUCCGAAGGUCCUGCCUCCUGUAAGGUAACCGUGGAACAGAGGAAAAUAAAGCUUGAACGAUGGAGCACUGAUUGCACGAUUGAGUUAUGCCAAUGCAAAUUUGGUGCAGAGAUUGUUCUCAAUGGUGUUAUUCAGUUAUGUGAUUAGCGUUGCCUAUUUGUACUGUAGAAAUAUGUAAUAUGUGCAUUGGAGUAUAUACAUUCCUAUUGAUGAGACAUGGGUUCCCUCACAA